AUGGCCACCAUCCAUUCUCACCUCAAGUAUCUCUCGCCUAUCAGUUUCUCCGAAGUGCCACAGCAGAAAGAAGAAUUAGAUCCCUACCUCGCGGAGCUAUUCGCUCAUGUUCAGUCUGUAGUUGAAUCCAUACCUAUCCCAGAUCCAGAUCCUGCACUUUCCAAGCGACUCGAACAUGGAAGCAAAUACCAGGCAUCUAGUGCUGCCGAGAUGUCCGUGUCUAGUGCUCGGAGUCCUCCCCCAUCGGCCGAAGAUGCUGCACUGCAGAAAGAGUGGGGAAAGCCCAUCAAGUUAUCUGCGAAAGAAAAUCCCAUGAACGUUGCGGUUUAUAAACUUGGAGGCAAGGAUGGAAAGGGUGCGUGGUUUGCUCGCCGAAGUGUCCAUGAGGGGCUAGGUUUCUCGCGCUUCAAGAAAGGGUUCGAAAGAGAAUUUCCUACAUCCCUGGCCGUACAAGGAGCACCCGGUGAAGGGAACAUCCGAGGUAUUGGCGCUGAGACAAAGGUUGAAGAAAUUACGGUCCCGAAUCGGGGAAAAGUCGAGGUAUAUCGUCUAAGUGCUCAAUUUCCAGGACCAACCACUCCCAGAGAUUUUGUUACUCUCCUUGUGACGUCGAGCAGGGCCAUCAAACCCCACGGAGAUGCCCACAAAACUCCCGACUUGGUGCCUCGACACUAUAUGAUUAUAUCUAAGCCUUGCGACCACCCUGAUACUCAACCCCGAUCUGGCUUCAUUCGUGGACAAUAUGAGUCAGUAGAAUUCAUUCGUGAAAUUCCACGAAGGUUGAAGACAACUACCUCAUCUACAGACCUGACCAGACUGGCCCAUAAUCGACCAGUGUCACCUUCACUCGAAAAGGAAGUACUGAAACAUAAUGCGGCGAAGCAUGAGGUCUCCUUCGAUAAACUUCCUCAUGAUGAUCAGCGAGAUAAUAAACACCUCAAGGUCGAUACGUCGAGUUCCUCACUCAGAGAACUGUCUCCCGCAAGUCGGAAACGCAGCGCAACAGUUGGGAUUCCUUCGACUCCUGUUUUGGGUGGAGAACCAGCGGAUCAUUAUGAUCCAGAGGACAAUCCCGUUGAGUGGAUAAUGGUAACGCGAAGUGAUCCUGGCGGCAGCGUUCCUCGCUUUAUGGUAGAAAGAGGCACACCUGGUAGCAUUACUGCUGAUGCCAUGAAGUUCCUAGACUGGGCAUGUCAACGUGAAGAUGAUGAUGACCCGGUAACAUCACCUCAACCAAGGCCUGGUGGCAAUAACCGACGUGAGAGCUUUGCGAGCUGGGAAGCUAAUGGCACGUUAGCUGGUAUCCGUGAGCAGGAGGAAAGCCUCUCCUCAGCUGUUGAAGAUCAAUCAGCACCAUCGACUCCCAAGGCAAGCGAACAUGGGGUUGAACCUUUCCCGAGCCUGUCAAGUGAUGGUCAAGACCCUACUUCUAGUGGAGCGCCGUCUUCUCCGUCCUCUUCCACUGGAAUCAUUGCCGCUUUGUCAAAUACCAUCAACUCAUAUACUCCCCAGGUCGUUCGCGAUAAUAUGCCUCAUUUUCAGAACCUGACGCCGAGGGGCAGCCCUGGACUUACCCCCAGGAAGGAUACAGGAGUAACUACAGUGUCGAACUUGUCAAUCAAUUCGCGAAGCCAAGCCGAUGACGACGAUGAUGCCUCAUCAACUAUUUCGAGCACUUCCUAUGCUUCAGCUGACUCACACAUUAUCUCUGAUGAAUCACCAUCAGUUUCAUCAAAAUCACUGCAGGAAAAAAACAGUGAAAGUCAAAUACUUUCUCAGCACAACAAAGAGAUGGCCAAGCUGGCGGAUCAGAAAGCGUCAAUGGAUGCAAAAUUCGCUCAACAACGAGAGAAGAUUUCUAGCCAAGCAUACAAAGAUACCGAAAAGGAGCAGCAAGCCUUGAGAAAGGCCGAAGAAAAGCAUGAACGAGAAAUAAAAAAGCACGAAGAGAAAUACAAGAAGGAACUCCUUCGACUUGAAGCAAAGAAGAAAAAGGAAGCCCAAAAGCUAGAUGAAAAAAAGCGUAAGCAGCAGGAUAAGGAUGAAAAAGGUCGACUCACAAGAGAGCGUGAUGAAGCGCGUGCACAGCUUGAUCUCCUGAAAAAGGAGAAUGAUCUCUUCCAACGACAGAUUGGAGAGCUCCAGAAAGAGAAUACAGCGCUCACGGCUCGGUUGGGGAGGCUAGAAGGCACGAGCCUGUCGCUUGAUAGCCCUGCUAGUGGAACCAACCGGUUUAGAGCCAUCACACUAGCUUCUGAUGGUCGGAAUAGGAGCUCAAGUCUGCUAAGUCGCAAAAAGAACAACGUUAAGUCGGAAGAUGGAGGUAGUGAAGGAUCCUGA